GCUGCACAACACACGUGACCCAGUCAGUUGACAGGGGCAAAACACGGCAGUAACUUCCAUCACACAGAAAAGACAGACAGACAGGCGACAUGGACCAUCACCGAGUGGACAGGGUGGGUCUUCUGUCCCCCCUGGAGGAGUCCAGCGCGGAGAUCAGCAGAGACAGCGGCAUUGUUUCCCAGAGUGCGAGCAGUCUGUCCAUGGUGAGCGAGAUCCUCAGCAGCGGCACCGUGUCGCAGAGCCCCAGCUUUGGCGCAGCGGCUAACGUUAUCUCUCGAAGCCCGAGCCUCAACGAAGCGGCGGAGCCCGGGACAGCCGACCAGCACUCCCCAGAGCUGGACGACGAGGUCCUGAGACACACCGCCCUCAGCUACUCCUCCUACAUCAGGGCGACCGCUGGAGAAGAGAUCCUGUGUUUGGAGAAGAACUUGGAAGAAAUGCUGACAAGAGUAGAUGAGUUUGUUGGAAUGCUGGAUAUGAUCCGUAAUGAUACCUCCCAGAUCGUGAAUGAAAACCUACCUCAAAUCCAGCAGAAGUCUGAUGAAAUGAGACAAAUAUACAGAAGAAUUGAUAAGUUAGAGGCCUUUGUAAAGAUGGUGGGAGCCAACGUCAACGCGAUGGAGGAGCAGGUCGCGCAGGCAGAGGGAGAACUAGGAACACUACCGGGUGCUUUCAAGAAGAUCCUUCGCACAAUGAGUGUUCCAGGCUUCUUAAAUAAACCAGCCAGCCCCAGAAGACCAGCACCACAUCAGCGUCAAGAGGUCCCCAGCGUGUUCCGGACAGAUGAUUAUUUCACAUCACAGCCAGAGCAGUGACACACUAGAACAUUUAACACAUAACUUGGUUCUAACCUCAGAGGCCUAUUUGGUGAAACUGUAAAGACAACUAUUACUGCCAUCCAUUGCAGGAGGAUCUUUUGGUGCAGUGGCCUCAACAAAGCAAUAGUAGCCUUUCUGAACAAGUCACUGGAAGUCAAGUGCGUGGAGAGUGUCAUUUUCCUGGAAGCAACAAGCACUGAACUGUAGCAAAAUGAUUUUAAAAGUGCCUAAAUGGGUCUUAUUUACUUUUCACUAUUUGUGAAGAAAACAAUGUCAGAUGUUGGAUUUUUGACAGGUCAGGAGGACAAAGUCAUCCUAGUUGCCAAUAGGACACUGUAAAGAAGGUACAAUAGUAGGAGCUCUAAAGAUCUUAAUGUAUUACAUGAAGAAUUAACCCAGCUUUUUUUAUAAAUCACAUUCCUGUUACUGGUGUUUGUAAAGACCUGCACGCUGUUAGGAAUUCAUCUGUAUUUCUUAUGUUUCAUCACUCUCUCCAAGCAAUAUUGUGAUAUCAAUAUCUCAUCCAGUUAAGCAUUUAAUGUCUUCCAUUUCAAAACAUUUACUUAAUUUUAUAGUCUGAUAUUACUGGCUAUGGAUGACUACAUCUUUGAGGGCACCUUUUCAAUAAAAGCACACUAUAGAUGAAUUGUGUUCAUUUCUCAAGUCAGACUAUCUGACGAAUCAACAUUUUAACCAUGGAUGGAGCUGUGAUUGAACAAUAACUGGAGGAAACUUACGCAUCCAACGAGGCUUUACACAGCACACUGCUAUGAUUCAUUAUGUCAUCAUUUGCCAUAAUAGUUAGAAAUAAACACGUUUUUAUUUACAGGUUGAUUUUGUUUUACGUUUUUGUAAAUUUUCAUUAAAGAUUCAUUGAGU